UUCUAUUCAAUCUCAAAUUCUCAACUUUAGCAUUCUAGUUGGUAUCAGGACUUCAAUUCUUUACAUGUGACUUGAAGUUCAUCACGUUCGAGACUUACGUUUCUACUCAAACUCUACUACCAAUAUCUAUAAAUAUUAACCUUGCUGCUUCCUUUCUGCAUCAAAAAUUUGGCCGAAGCCUUAGGAAGAGAGAUCGGCAAAUACACAGGUAUACUUUUGUCUUCUCUUUUCUUUUAACAAUUUGCAGGGGAAAUUCGGCCAAACCAAAAUCCAUAUGCUUUAGUUGGUGAGGAAGAAGUCCAGGGGCGGAUCCAGGAUUUAAUGUUGGGCUGGGCUGAAAGUUUUAAUUGAUAAUACAUUGAUUUUUUUUCAAAAUAAGCGAAAAAUCAAAUAUAAAAGGUAUCCCCUAAAUUUGUUCUAGACAAGGCUUUGAAACAAAAAACUCAUCAACAAUAGAGUCUACAUCUAUACUGAGAGUAAUAUCUUUUUCAAUGUAAAGUGUCAUGCAAUCAACAAGAAAACUAUCAUCCAUUUUAUUGCAGAGUGUUGCCUUUAGAAGUUUCACGACAGAAACUGAUCAUUCUAUCUACUGUUGCAGUAGAAACAAUAAGACCAAUACGAAGUGAAUCAAUCUAGUCAUCUUAACAUAUGAAUCACACCUUUUGCUUUUAGUUAAUUCCUCACAUAAUUUAACAAGUGUAGAUACUUGAAACUUGAUAUCAUGAAUCAUAUCAUGAACAUAGUGUUGCAGCUCGAAUUUCAAAGCACGAAUGUCCUGACUACUAAAAUCUUCGGGAUAAAACUUCCUUACAAGAGUACAAAUAGCAUCGACAUUGAACGACUCAUAUGAAUUUUUUGGAUCAAAUGAAACACUCAAAGAAAGGAGUUCCACUGAUUUAUCAUUAAACCGGGUCGUUAACUCCAUGAAUAAAAGUAUAUUACCUCAUUGAAAACAUCAAAGUAAUAAUGAUUAUCAAUUGUAGUUUCUUUUCAACAAUGACCAACCAUAUAUUUAGAAAUUAGAAUUCAAGUCUGGUGCAUAUAUGAAUUUAUUUUUUGAGAAAAACUCAUUCACUUCUUCAAGAAAACAUUUCCAUCUAUGAGUUUUGCUAGGUGUGCACAAAAUGUGUACACAUGUCGGUCCUUCAUAGAAAUUUUGUCCCAAGCAUGAAAAAUGUCUAUAUACACUACAAACUAAAGUAAAUCGAACACAAAUUCAAAACAUGAAAAAUGUCUAUAUACACUACAAACUUUUGCCCAAGAACUCACUUUUGGGCAAUUAAUGUUGUUGAAGAUACUCAAACACUUUACAAGUUCAUGUGAACAUGCUAAUCAAGUUCUUAAUUGAAUCAUAUUUUAUUGUAUUUAUUACAUUGAUGCUUUGUGGGCUUUAUGGCCAUUAUACGUAUAAAUUAAGUGCCACUUAUUAAGUGGGAGGUGAUGUGUAUAACAUUUAUAUUAGAUUUUUAUAUGGUAAGAUUUUGUUUUAUAGACUUGGCUGAAAAAUUGGACUGGGCUAUACAAAAACCCGGGCUGGGCUAGAUGGAAUUAUGUCAAAAUAAUACCUUAAAAAACUUAUUUUUUUUGCUUUGCCCUGGGCUUCAGCCCACCAUAGCCCUAACAUAGAUCCUCCCCUGGGAAGAACCAUAUCUGCUCUCAAUUGACGUGAGAAGAAUUGUGAAAUCAUAAUUGAUGAUGCUUUAAUUUGUUGCUGAUUUGUGGCGAGGGAGCUCUGUGGCGAUCUGCUCACCGCCGAAGCAGAGAAGAAGAUGAAACUUGAAUAGUUGCGGAUACCUCUUGCCGGACUGCUCGGAUUGGAAGCUAGUUGGUGUUGGAAAAGAUGCUGCCGCCUCUUGCCGGAUUGCUCGGAUUGGAAGCUAGUUGGUGUUGGAAAAGAUGCUGCCGCCUCUUGCCAGAUUGCUCGGAUUGGAAGCCAGUUGGUGUUGGAAGCUAGUUGGUGUUGGAAGCUAGUUGGUGUUUGGAAGGGAGUUGGUGUCGUCGUUUGAAGGAACCUGCCGCCGUACACGAGAGCUAGUUGGUGUUUGGCAGAUUGCUGGUGUCGGAUGCCGCGGAAGCUAGUCGGUGUUGACGCUCAUAGAACCUGCCGCUGUACACGAAGAGCUAGUUGGUGUUUGGCAGAUUGUUGGGGUCGGAUGCCGCGGAAGCUAGUUGGUGUUGACAGCAAGAAUUUGGAUCCAGAUGCUGAUUUUUGUUGCUGCCGCCGAGAUGAUGGCGCAUGUGCUGUUGCCGUCGGAAAUCGAUGCCGGAGCUUGGUGUAUGAUUUAUGCAGUUCGUCGGAGAGCUAUCGUCGCUGCUGAUUCGUUACUGGGACUUGAAGUUGGUUGCUAGUCGGAGAAGAAGCCAUCAUCAAUAUUGUCAAAGGCCGAAGUCUAGACGGGGAAGACGAUUGGCCGAAUUAGACAUUGAUUUUUGUUCAAUAGAAAAGCCUUUCUUUGAUGCUGCUGCUAGUCUUCUUUCGAAGUUUAAUUUACCGGGUUGCGGGUUCCUUACAAAAAGAAACCGUGUGUUAAGUUAUUGGCAGCAGCAAUACUUUUUGGACCUUAUCAUAAAUCUCGAACGUUCCCA